AUGGAUGAGGAACCCGAGGGGCAAUAUGAAUUGGUUGGACCAAGUGUGGUGAGUGCAGAGAAGCUAGACGGUUAGAGACGCAGAGGGGACUACACAGAUGUAGCUAGAGGAUAUAGGCAAAGUGCAGUAGUUGCCAUUUAUAAGGCAAAAAUUUUGGUUUCUAGAGGUUUCCACGGUGAAAAAUCCACAUGGAUCAUGAAUUUUGGGUCAAAAAUCGUGAUUUUCUAGCUAAUCGACCAUUUCGGCUCAUAUUUUUCCUACAAUAAGUAAAAAACCACCUAAUUAAAAAUUUGAAUUUCAUCAAAAAUCGCGCAAAGUGCAAUGGAGCGCAUUUGCCACUUUUGAGCAAAAAUUUGCGGAUUUUCGGGGUUUUUAGAGGUUUCCGGGGUCAAAAUUUGACGUGGAAUAUGAAUUUUAGGUCAGAAAUUGGGAUUUUUCUAGUCCCGCGCUCAAAAUUCGUCAAAAAUAAGCUCCUGGGCCCAUUUUCGACGUAUUUUAGCUCAAAAUCCAUUAAAUUUCACGUCUGAAAUUGCGGAUUCUGAAAAUUUGCAGGCCAAACCACCGCCUCCACCACCACCAGCUCGCCUUCCAUCAAAAUCCACAAUAACACCAGCCUACAGUACCACAAAUUUCAUCGCCGCCGCCGACGAAAAAACUUUCGUGUUGGCCUCGCCGAUUUGGUUGAAAGUUCAACUCUUCGCCGCAAUUCUCAUGUUUGUCAUCAGCGUUAUUUUGACCGUCUUGGUGAGAUUAAACUGAGCAAUGUUUCGAAAAUUUGGAAAAAAUUCAUUUUCAGGUUGUGAUUGCCAACAAUACACCAACUCAUAAGAAACAUUGA